CACGCUAAUGUGCGAGAUCCGUAGACCCGACUUAACUGCGCGGUCACAUUCCGCCCCGACUUCCCCUCUGCCAGCGGCCUGGUGGUUUGAGAUGAGUAGAAGAUGUCGGUUUCGGGGCUGAAGGCCGAAUUGAAGUUUUUGGAGUCUAUUUUUGACCCAAACCACGAACGAUUCAGAAUAAUAGACUGGAAACCCGAUGAACUUAGUUGCCAAUUUAACGUAACAGGAGAGAAGCUGCUGAUCAUUCACUGCAACAUCACGGAAUCCUAUCCAUCAACACCCCCAAUAUGGUUUGUUGACUCUGAUGAUCCUAGUCUGGCUGAAGUGUUGGAGCGCUUAGAGGAUGUGAGAAAAGGCACCACAUUGCUCCUUCAGCAGUUGAAGCGCCUCAUUUGUGAUCUUUGUCGGCUUUACAACCUGCCACAACAUCCAGAUGUAGAAAUGCUUGACCAGCCUCUACCCGCUGGCCCGAUUACCCAGGAGCGAAAGAAUGGGCCAUCAGAUGAGGUGACAUCUGAAGAGGAAGAAGAGGAAGAAAUGGCAGAGCAGGACAUUGAUCUGGACCAAGAUCUGGACCAUUACGACAUGAAAGAAGAGGAGCCAGUUGAUGGAAAAAAGUCAGAAGAUGACGGGAUAGAAAAAGAGAAUCUGGCCAUCUUGGAGAAGAUUCGUAAAAACCAGAGACAGGAUCACUUGAAUGGUGCAGUGUCUGGCUCUGUGCAAGCCUCAGACCGCCUAAUGAAGGAACUCAGGGAGAUCUACAGAUCACAGAGUUACAAGACAGGUAUUUAUUCAGUCGAACUAGUCGGUGACAGCCUUUAUGAAUGGCACGUCAAGUUAAGGACGGUAGACCCAGAUAGUCCAUUACAUAGUGACUUGCAGGUCUUGAAAGAAAAGGAAGGAGUGGACUACAUUCUGCUCAAUUUCUCUUAUAAAGAUAACUUUCCUUUUGACCCACCUUUUGUACGGGUUGUCUCACCUGUGCUCUCCGGAGGUUAUGUUCUAGGAGGAGGGGCCUUGUGCAUGGAGCUUCUCACAAAACAGGGCUGGAGCAGUGCCUAUUCCAUAGAAUCUGUCAUUAUGCAGAUAAAUGCAACUCUGGUUAAAGGAAAAGCCAGGGUGCAGUUUGGAGCCAAUAAGAACCAGUACAAUCUUGCCAGAGCACAACAGUCGUACAAAUCCCUUGUGCAAAUACAUGAAAAGAAUGGCUGGUACACACCACCAAAAGAGGACGGAUAAGGAGCUACUACCACUAUGCACUGGGAACAUGUCUUUGGGUCAAAGUAUCUUGUUUUCUUUGGAAUAUUCUCCCCUUCUGACUUAACUGGGGAUAUAUCAUCUUUCUCACGGAAACCAUCUCGUUGGCUCAUCUGACAAGUAUUCCUUCGCCCGCUCCAGGAAAAAGACUUUAUUCUGGUAUCACCUUGCUUCUCCCCUCAGUGUUUUAGUGAGGAGGAUGAUGAGAGGGUAUCACUAGUUUUCAAAAUAUGCUCAUUUGUCUUUAAAAAAAAACUAAAAAACUUUUCUCACUUGAAAUGUGGGGAAAUGCUUUUUCUUUAGCUGCUUUGACAAAGUGGGCUUCACAAACAGUUAUCCCUCUUUAAAUGGAAAUUUUAACAGAAGAUUGAUACUGAAGCUCUUGAUGUGGCACCUCCCUGCACCUGUUUUUAUUGGCCACAAUUUUCUCCCCUUUUUUUCUUUUGGAAAUGAACUGGUACAUACAUGCAAAUAUUGUAGAAAUAUUAUCCAGCAAUUGUUUUUAUUAUUUGAGCAUCCUAGACAAUAAAUAAAUAAAUAAAUAUCUUUCAUAUUUUGGAAGCUUAUCUUAUAAUUGAGAUGACCUACCACUCGAUUAUCUUUUAGCUCCUUUUAGAAAUAUGUGAAGAAUAUCGGGCCGGGUUGUUAAACUAAGAUUUAACUGUUGUCUGUGAACAAAUCCACCAGUGGUUCAUAAUAAAACGGUGCCAAUGGACAUGAAAUAUCUCAGAAUCUGCAUGUUGCAUACCUUGAGAAUAGGAUACAUAGAUAUAUUUUCACCAGAAGAUAAGACGACUGUCAUUUUGGAAGUUGUAACAGAUGUAAUGAAGCUAAAGAGCGCUUUUUGUCUCAUUCCUGUUAACACAACAAGGCCCCACAAGCACUCCGUUUCACUAAAGCUGCAGUGGUUGAUGCUGAAAAUGAAGCCCUGUGUGUGCAAAGCUAACAGCAUGCUGCACGGGAGCCUCGUCUCAACCGCUGUAAAAAAAAAAAAAAGAUAGUUGGAUUUGAUUACAGUCACUUUGUUAAGCAGUAUCACACUGGGAUUGACUUUUUAGAGGGAAUAAACGAAGGGUGUUUGGAUGUGAUUUUAUUUUUUCCUCCAUAAUUUUGCCCAGUUUAGCGGCAUAUUUCUGUCAUAUCUUCCUGGCAUACAUUGAUUGUAGUGGUUUGCCCCUGCCCAGUUUAGAUUAAAAACUGCUUCCCUGUUACAUGGCGUCACAUGCAGCUAGAUUCGAGCUACAAAAACAUCUACUAUUUGCAGGGCAUUCUUUGCCACAACAAUGUACCAUAAAUAUGUUUCGGUAUUGCUUUUGGUGUGUAACAAGGAUAAUUUAGAACUGACCUGAAACUCUGUAUGAAACUGUACUUGGACCAUGCAAUAUGCCGUAGUACAUCAUCACUACACUGUAUAAAUCUGUCGGCUCUUUUGCAGUUUAUUUGUUAACGCUGUCUGCAAAAGUAUGUUUGAAUGGCAACUCAGGUAACAAAUACUUUAAAGGAGGGGAAUCUGUACACGUACAUGUUGAGUUUUGGGUUCUUUUCUUGGAUUUAUUAAUGCUCUGUACCUCUGCCGUUUAGGCUUACUCGCCGACUGAUCUGAUGUCAAAAACAGAAAAUGUAUAAUGAGCUUUAUUAUAAUAUGGGCCAAAUUUCUUUUAAUCCAAGUGAUGUAAGUUGAAGGACAUUUACAGAAGGAUGCCUUUUUUUGACAGGAUUGGAGUAGCAUGAUGACCACCCCACAUGUAAUGGCUCAUCAAUACCCACUGUAGUAUUUUAUGCUUUUUUUCAUCCCAAGUACUGAAGUAGAUUUGAUUUCAGUGUGUGAUCUUUAAAUAUUCCUGAUACAAAUAUUUGCACAACUGGCAACAAUGUGCCUGGAAAGGUCAAUUAUAACAACCAACGCAUUCUGAGACAAAUAUUUUAAAAUCAGGAAAAAGGCUUUUUUUUCUCAGCACACAUCCUUUGUUACAUGUCUGAUAUAGCUGAGGGGGGAGGAAUCAACAGGUCUCAUUAUCAAGAAGUGUCCUCACCUGAAGGGCCAAGACUGGUCAGAGGGGAUAUUAAGAGACUGUUGGAGUUUGAUAGUGAUGCCGUGGUGAAUAGACUUGCAACUUCUCUAACUGGACUGUGUUGAAAAGAUUCAUUUAUCUCAACUGUCAAUUUUCUGGCACCAACAAAACAUGAUCAAGUCUGGCUUUGGUUUUUCUCUUAUUUCUCAUUUACCAUUUGAAGAAAUGUUGACCAUGUACAGUAAUUUGUAAACUUGCAUCAAGUUUAUAAAUAAAGAAUUUUAAGAUUAUUGCUGUUUUA